AUGGACUUCAAACUUUUCUUAUCUACUUUCCUACUCUUUUCUGGUGUAGCAUGGGCCGCUUGCCCUGGAGAUCUUCCAAAUGGGACUCUUGUACCUCUUUACUUCGGAUUCAUGACUGCUGUUGAUCCGCAUAGUGAUUAUGUACUGGCGGGGAUUAUUCCUGCUGUAGAUCUAGCACUGGAGCUCAUUAACAACAACACUAGCAUACUAUCAGGAUACGAGCUCAGUUACAAUGACACCAUUUACGAUGCUCAAGUUUCUUAUUCAUCAGCCGCUCCUAUGCUUAGCGAUGUGUCCCUCUAUCCCUCCUUUUUCAGGACCUAUCCGUCAGACGGGAACUUUGUGCCGGCUUUUGUUGGUCUUGUGAGAGGCUUGGGUUGGAAAAGAGUUUUUAUACUCACUGAAGAGUCUCCACUUUUUGUGCAAAAUGAGCGUCCAUUAGUUGAGGCAUUGAGUGAAGCUGGUAUUUAUGGCAAGUCUCAUUCUUUUCUUUCUGGUCCUGAUGUUGAUGUUGCUGAGGUGGUCAGAGAUGUCAUUUACAAAAAUGAGCACAAUAACACUCACAUCUUCUUUCUAAAUAUGUAUUCCGGUAAAGCAAGAGCAGCCUUUUGUGCAUUUUAUCGUUUGAAUAUGUUUUAUCCAAACUAUGCAUUCAUUAUUCCUGGAUGGUACCAGACUGGCUGGUGGAAUAAUGAUGCUGUUAACGUAUCCUGUUCCACUCGAGAUUUACAGACUCAGUUAGACAGAGUAUUGAUACUGCAGCAAUUGCCAGUUGCACUAAACAGGUCUGCCCCUACAAUUAGUGGCCUAACAGCAGAUGAAUUUGACACUAGGUAUAGAAGUCGCUUAAACGAUAGAGAGUACAUAAAUCGACUACCAGGACCUCCAUCAGUUUAUUACCCGAUCCCUGACGCCCUGACGGCCUUUGAUGCACUGUGGUCCCUGGCACUGGGUCUUGAUAGAGUUCAGAGGGCAGUGUGUGCUAAUGAGACCUUAGGCUGUAAUGGUGGACCACUAACAGAGCUGGAAGAUUUUAUGUAUUAUAAUGAUCAGGUGGAGUGUAUGGUUAAUAAAUCUUUGAGUAUGACUGGAUUUGAAGGAGUCUCUAAUACUAGAGUACAUUAUCAAUGA